UAUUUCUUUAAAAUACCCCAAAGUGUAUUUUAUUUAUUUAUUUAUUUUAAACAAGGCAGGGCUUUUACUUUGAAAUGCAACAAUACAAGGAAAUAACGGCGCAGGACAUGUCAACAGAAGUGAAGUAAAGUGACAUUGGCCCUGAGAUCCUAUGGGUGUCCAGGGUCUGACCACCUAUGUGGAGGGGAACAGAAACUUCCUCCAAGAUGUGAAGUUCAGGGACAGUCGCCUGGUUAUUGAUGGCUGCAGCCUGUAUUUCCGCCUCUACUUCACCCACGGUUUGGACCAGCAGCAUGGAGGGGACUAUGAUACUUUUGCAUAUCUGCUCACCCAGUUCCUCUCUGCAUUGGCGGCCUGCAACAUCCAGCCAUAUGUGGUACUGGAUGGAGGGAUUGACCCCAGUGACAAGAAGUUCCCCACUCUGCGUCAGCGUCUGCAGUCCAAGAUAAAGGAGGCGGACAGUCUCUCCCAUGGCCGCAACGGCUCUGUGCUCCCCAUCCUCACCAGAGAUGUCUUCAUUCAGGUCCUCAUGCAGAGAGGAGUCCCAUUGGUCCAGUGUCCAGCUGAGGCUGACUGGGAAAUCGCAUGUUUGGCUCACCAGUGGAACUGCCCAGUUCUGACCAAUGACAGUGACUUUUUUAUCUUUGACCUGCCAGGUGGUUACCUGCCACUCCAUUUUUUCCAGUGGACCAACCUGAACGGUAAAGCCUCUCACCGCUACAUCUCUGCUCGAUGCUACACCACUAAUGGGCUGUGUCGCUGGUUUGGCGGAAUGAACCGGGAGUUGCUACCCUUAUGUGCCGUCCUGGCUGGUAAUGACUAUGGCACUCCAAAAGAUGCUGAAACCCUCGUGGGUCUGUUAGAUGUGAGUGCAGUAGGGAGAGGUGGUGGCAGGGGUAAAGGUAGAGCACCCACUUCCCGCAUUGAGGGCUUCCUCCUCUGGUUGUCCUCUUUUCCAAGUCCAGCGGAGGCCCUGGAAGAAGUGAGCAGGCUAAUGGGGGAGGAAGGUGGGGGCGGUAAGGGCAAGAGAGGACAUAAGGAUGGGCUCAGUUCCCAGCUGUGGGCAUGCAUGCAGGAGUACCACAUCACGCCUCAAAGCUCUCUGGCUCGCUGGUUCACUGGAAGCAAGGCAGCUCCUGUAGGACGGAUCUCAGGGCUGCCAGAGUGCUUGUCGCUGGCUGCAGCGCAAGGUCUGUUGGCUCCCAUGGUGGUGGAUGCCACAGUGAUGCGCAGGGUUCUGCUCAUCCCACAGGUGGAGAACAGCAAGCUAGCUAGCAGCCAUUGUAGUGCCAGAGCCAUACGGCAGGCUAUGUAUGGGAUUCUACUGAAGCGAGGCCCAGAUGUCCAAGCACGGGAUAUGAGGGUACAGGAAAACAUCGGUCAGGGUACAAGAGGGCGAGGGGGAAGGGGACGGGGAGGUGGUCAGACUGGUGGGGGUGGGGGUAGGGGUCAGGGCAUAUUUUUUCCCACACAGCAGGGUGUAAAUGUAGGAUAUGGCAUUGAACAAGCAGCUAGUGCAGCUACAGUGCAGACUCAGGGCUCUAAUGCCCCAGUGUGUGUGGAGGAGUACGACCGUGUGGAUCUGAACCUGAAGAAAAACCAAGUAGAGGCACAUCUGCCCAGAACUCCCCUACGUCUAGAUACACUUGCUCAGGCUCCUGUUGCAGUCCGUCUACGUGUUCUGUUAGAAGUCCUGGGGAUAAAGGAGUCUGCCCUGGCUCCUGUUCCUCCCCACCUGAGGCUGGCUAUAGCAGUGACAGCCUUCUGGUUGCGAGAGGCUACACCGACACCCUCGCAGCACCAGCUCCAGGCCUUGUUGCUGGGCAUGGUUCACGGAGAGCUGUCCUGGAACAACCAGCCUGGAGCUACCCACCUCCAACAUGCUGUCCCACAGCCAAACUGGGCUGCAGAGCGCAACGUGUGUGCUGGGUUAGAUCAACAGCGCGUGAGGCCAGGUGAGAGACGGGGCUUGGAUGUCGGAGUGGCUCACAGUUUCAGUCAAUGGCAGGCCUGCCUCUGGAGUGCUCUGUGUCUCAAUCAGCUAUUGCUGCUGCCACUGCCUGAACCCCUACUAUCAUGGUUGUACAGUGGUACCUUGGUGCACGGCAUCAUCAGGUACCUGAAAGGGGGCCGAGCAGCUGAAUCCCUCCUCACCGGGGGUUUCUUAUCCGGACAACUCUACUCCUCCCUGGUGGAAGCUGUCAGGAACUGCAGCUCCAAAACCCAUCCCUCCUCCUCUGCGGCAGGGAGAGGGAGGAGAGGCGGAGGCCGGGGAAGGAGAGGGAGAGGACGAGGAAGGGGAGGUGGCGGGAGAGGAAGGGGAGGAGGGAGAGGAGCUGAGGAAAUUAACAACAGGUUUGCUCAUCUGAUGAGCGAGGAAGAGUCUGAUGAUGAUUGAUGAGGAGGCAGAGGAUAAAGAACUGAUCGAUAUGAAGCACUUGCUAGGGGCCAAAUGAGGGAGAACAUUCCAGUGUUUUAUUAAACGCACUCAGGGGAUGCUACAAACAGUUAUUUUACAAGGGAAGAACGACACCUGUUAAUGUUGACCACUAAGACUCUAUCCUUAUAAUUGUAUUGCACUAAUUUAACCUCCCUGACUG